AUGCCCCUGACAAAAUUAGUUCCCGAUGCAUUCGGCGUGGUGACCAUAUGUCUAGUCGCUCUGCUAAUCCUCCUCGGUCUCCUUUGCAUCGCCUACUCUUUCUACUUCCAGUCUCACGUUCGUAGGCAAGGCUACAUCCAGCUCGGCUACUUCAGCGGCCCCUGGAUCAUCCGAAUCACCUUCAUCCUCUUCUCCAUCUGGUGGUCCGUCGGCGAGAUCCUCCGGCUUAGUUUCUUGAGGCGUCAGAGAAGGUUCUUGGAUCUGAGAUGGCAAGAGAACGCCUGCAAGUGGUACAUCGUCUCCAACCUCGGUUUCGCGGAGCCUUGCCUCUUUUUAACUCUCAUGUUUCUCCUGCGAGCUACUCUGAAGAUGGAGUCUGGUGCUCUGAGCGGGAAAUGGAACAGGAACACUGCUGGCUACAUCUUUCUCUACUCUCUCCCCAUGCUCGCGCUUCAGCUCGCGGUUGUGUUAUCGGAAUCGCGCUUAAACGGUGGUAGCGGCGCUUUUGUAUCGCUGCCGCACGACUUCACGAGAACCUUUAUUAUCAAUGAACAGGACGGCGAGGUUGCGUCUGCGUUGUGCACUUACCCUCUUCUCAGUACAAUCAUCCUCGGCGUGUUUGCAGCGGUUUUAACAUUUUACUUGUUCUGGCUUGGAAGGCAGAUACUGAAACUGGUGAUUAACAAGCGUCUUCAGAAGAGAGUGUACACUUUGAUAUUCUCUGUCUCGAGUUUCCUUCCGUUGAGGAUCGUUCUUCUCUGUUUGUCUGUGCUCACUUCGCCGGAGAAGAUUCUAUUUGAAGCUAUUACUUUCUUGGCCUUCUUCUCCCUCUUCUGCUUCUCUGUGGUUUCAAUCUGCUUGCUUGUUUACUUCCCGGUUUCGGACUCUAUGGCUCUGAGAGGUUUGAGGGAUAUGGAGGAUGAGGAGAGGACCGUGACGGAAGAACGCAGCGGUGCUCUGUUGCUUGCUGCGCCGAACAGUUCGGAGAACGAGGAGGGUUUGAGCUUGAGAGGUCGGAGAGACUCUUCACAGGAGAGGUAUGUGGAGCUUAGCUUGUUUCUUGAAGCUGAGAACUGA